GGGGGGGGGGACACUACGUCUUGUCUGUGACAGCGAGGUUGUUCCCAGAUAGAUUCACACGUUUGGAGCUAAAGAGUGCUGGGGCCACCAAAGCAGCACAGACCAGGGUUUGAGUCUACAGAAGCCAACAGGUUGAGUUGUGAGAGAGGGAGAUAGAAUGAGAGCUGUGGGUUUAGUGUGGUGUGCCUGCUUGGGGCUGGGCCUGAUGAAGGCCACCUGGGCCAACUCUCUAUCGGAGCCUGAAGACCAAGAACUCAACGAGACGGUGGUGUGCACCAACAACCGCAUGGACGUUCUCAUCCCCAAGGCCUUCUUCCUCAACAAGGUCCCCCCUGUUUACGUCUGGGAUUUACAUCUGAACGAGCCGGCGUGUCGGGGCGUGGAGACGGGAGAGGACUAUGUGUUUAGCAUCAAAAACAACCUCUCGGACUGCGGGACGGUGAUGGCAUACGAUGACACACACAUCAUGUUUAGCAACACAAUCCGCAACAACGAUUCGGACAUCGUCACCAGGAACUACAUCAACAUCACCUUUGUGUGCCGCUACCCCAAAAACUACAUGGUGCAGCAGCCCGACGGAGAGAACCUGGUCCGGGUGGACGUCAGAACGAUCACCCUGACCACGGAGGACGGGAACUUCUCUGUGUCCAUGCUACUGUACAAGGACCGGGCCUUUGAGGACCGGUGGACCACGGUGCCCUCCCUGACCUUGGAGGACGACAUCUUUGUCAAGAUAUUCAUGAUCCCAGCUCACUUGACGCUGCGUGCGGAGAGAUGCUGGGCCACCCCCACCAGUGACCCUUACAGCAACAUCCAGUACACCUUCAUCAAGGACAGGUGGGUGAGCCCCGUCCGGGGCCCUGGCGGUGGACUGGACUGCGUUGAUGAUACAGAUACCUUGUUGUUGACAUUCUGCUGCUCUCCAAGCAUGUAGAGGCAUCUUGAACAAAUGACAAAGUAUAAAAUGGAUAUCAAUACUAUUAAUAGUAAAUACAGUGAUAGGGCUGAGGAAUCAUAUCCCUACCGGGAAAAGCCUUUUAACGUGAUCUUCUAGUAAUAAAACAUAUGAUAUGCAAAAAGUUAAUGUUAACCUUAUAGACUGUUGAGCUAGACAUUAUUGACAGUGUAUGCUACAUUAUUGCAACUCAUAAACAUAGUAUGAAGCAAAAAGCAUAUAAAAGUAUACAGCGUCCAACAGCGUCUGUUGAAACCAUGCUCAAAACAACCCCACCAACAAAUGAAUGCAUGUGCACACACACUGUUGUCCCCUCGGCCUGUUUGUUUUCUCCCUCGCCCACAGCACUCCCUCAUUGUGAUGAAAUGUGAAAUGAGAGUUUAUGAUAGAAUUAAGUGUCCUCAGAGGCUUGGACAGAAAGCCGGGUCAAGUGACCCCCCGCUGUCUGUCCGAGGCCGGUCGACUCGCAGCCCAGCAGCUGUGCAUUCCCUUAGCAACCGGGCAGUAUUUGGUAUCGUUAGCAACAGCAUGGCAAUGAAACACACCAGGAUUUCACAAUGCAGAAGGGGGA